CGCCGGAGGCUGCGGAGCCUGGAGGCUGUGGACGCCGUCGGGUUCGGCGUCCUAGUUGGGCCUCAGCUCCCGGCCCUGCCGGCCCGCCGAGAUUAGGAAGUGGCUGCCUGAACUAUUUUCCAAAGGAUAACUUUCCAAAGCAGCAGUUCACCAAGUUUACAAAGUUUACAGCUUUGCAAAUACGGCAGCUCACCAAGAAGAUCCUACUGGCUUGGGCGUCAGUUCUGGCAGCUUUUAAAUGUAGGUGGAAAUUCUUCUGGAAAACUGUGGGCACACACCUUCCCGCAGCCACAAGGGAUGCUGCGCCUCAGGUGCCGUCUGAAACGAGCUCUUCCCCAGAAGGUCCCGUGCAGGUUCUGUCCAGUGAUGGGGAAACUGCAGAGCAAAUUCAAACACAGCACUUACAAAUGCAGCAGGCCAGAUGGAUUUAUUGAAGAGAGGAUUCAAACUAAAGCCUUUCAAGAGUACAGCCCGGCUCACGUGGAUACCGUCUCUGUUGUUGCUGCUCUGAACUCAGACCUCUGUGUCUCUGGAGGAAAAGAUAAGACAGUUGUGGCCUAUAACUGGAGAACUGGAAAUGUGGUGAAAAGGUUCAAAGGACAUGAGCGUGAAAUCACCAAGAUAGCGUGUAUUUACAAAUCGAGCCAGUUCUUCAGCGCCUCUCGUGAUAAGACGGUCACGAUGUGGGACUUGCAGAGCUCCUCACAGCCAAGACAGCGGUUCUCUGGCCACACCAUGGUGGUCACUGGACUGACCGUGAGUCCAGAUUCAUCACAACUGUGUACCGGCUCCCGUGACAACACCCUGCUCUUGUGGGAUGUGGGGACUGGACGGUGUGCAGAGAGCGCUUCAGUCUCCAGGAACCUGGUCACUCACUUGUGCUGGGUCCCCCGAGAACCGUACGUACUCCAGACCUCCGAGGAUAAAACCGUCAGACUGUGGGACAGUCGGGGGCUGCAGGUAGCUCAUACAUUUCCCACCCAGCAGCACAUCCAGACGCACUGCGCAGUCAGUGAGGAUGGACACAAGUGUGUCUCCUGCAGCAGCGGCUUUGGAGGGGAAGGCUGUGGAGCCACGCUAUGGGACCUAAGGCAGACACGGAACAGAAUCUGUGAGUACAGGGGGCACUUCCAGACCGUUGCGUCCUGUAUCUUUCUACCCAGAGCUUUAGCCUCGAUGCCUGCAAUUGCUACCUCAUCACAUGACUGCAAGGUGAAGAUCUGGAAUCAAGACACGGGAGCCUGCCUUUUCACCUUGUCUCUGGAUGGAUCAGGACCUUUGACUUCCCUGGCGGUGGCCGACACCAUCUACUUAUUGUGUGCAAGUUUCAGCAGAGGAAUUCACUUACUCAGGGUGGACCACAGCCAAGGGCUGGAACUGCGGGAAGUGGCGGCAUUCUGAGGCCAAGAGACCUUCACUGGACAAGAGCAAACUGUGGCUCCUUCUUUCUCAGUGUGACUUUGUGUUUUUUCAUGUUCUCUUGAGGGGAGGGUGAUGUGGAGAUGAUGUUCUUUGCUUAGGUUCCCUUGGAAGAUAUGUCAGUGUUAGAAACCAGUUUAAGUCAAAAUCAGGUGUAGAGAUUAGUAAUAUGGACUCAAAUAUGGGUCUCAAUUGAAAUUAAAUCAAAGUACAAGUUUUAGUGA